AUGACAGCACAAAUCUUGGCGGCUGAACUAGGCAACCUCAUACAGGACUCAAAGCGGAAGAAUACAGAACUACGAAAUGCUGCAGAGACGGCCCUGAAAGAUCUGAAAUCUCUUUCCAAUACCUCUGAGGCCCAACUAUCGGCUGGCCAUGAUAUCCAGUUGAAGAUACUACAGGCGCUGCCUUCACUACUCCAGAACUACUCUGCAGAAGUACGCAGCGAGUCACUAUCCGCUGUUCUGCAGAUCUGUUCAAGCCUUCAAAAUGCGAAAAACUUCGCUGUCGGCAACACGGCUGCAGCCACAUUGCAACAACUGGUCAUUGUCGUAUUCGACAGGGUCGCAUCCGAAGAUGAGAAAGCCCUAGAGAUUCCUACCACGACCGAGGUGAAAGGUGAUGAUGGUCAAGUAUCGGUCAGACCAGCAGCGAACGAUGCCUACAAGAUGUUUACCGAUCUCAUUUCACUUGUCGUAGGGGAAAAGCCUGUCUUCAUGCGAUUCUCUUCCCUACCGCCAGCCUCCACGCUGGAGCUGAUCGAAGCAAUCUUGUCGAAUCACAAUAAGAUCAUGACGACGCAUCCGGAGCAGAUUUACAUCAUGCGAACCCAGCUAAUGCCAUUGAUCAUCCGCUCGCUAUCCGAUCGCUUGUCGUUUGCAGUAACCGUCCGUAUCAUCCGGAUACUGCAUCUGAUCAUCCGAUAUCACCUCGACACGCUUCCUUCCGAAUGCGAGAUUGCACUUGGUCUUCUGAACCACAUGCUGGAUCCCGAAGCUUCUCAGGCAUGGAAAAGAGCUCUUUGUCUCGAGGUGUUCCGCAGUAUUUACGCCGACUCUAGACUUCUUUUAGCGAUAUAUGCGCUGUUUGACGCGGAAAGCGGAAAGAAGAACAUAUUUGGAGACAAUCUAGCGGCUUUCGUGCGUCUUGCGACUGAGAAACCAGCAGUCAUCGGUUUAGGUCAACAAUCAACGGCUGCCGCUGGCUUUGACGAAGGUAACACCAUGGUAUCGGAUCAAGCUGUCGCAGAAGCGGGUGCACUAGCUGGCGUUAUAGGUGGCUCUGUGAGCGACAGCAGCAAUAACACUCGUCCCUCUGGUAUCAGCAUGCAGUGGAGUUCUCUCAAAACUCCUUGUAUCGAACAUCUCGACAAAACCGAGCCACCUGCAUUACCCGAAACGUACAUCUACAGUCUGGUGUUGACCUGUAUCACCAACAUUUCUGAAAGUCUAGCAAAGUUUGUUCUUCCUCUGACCGUGCACCAUGAAAGUCGAAAUCGGAAGAAGACCAAGGCCGAGGAGAUGAAUGAGAACGACACAGAUGUUGCAUCUCCAGAUCGAAACUCUCGGAGGCUUUCAAGAACCCAUUCUUUCCGGAAGAAGACUAUUCCAGUCAACCCUCUAGAUCUGUCCGAUCACCCGGCGUACCCUUACGUACAGACCUCAACAAGCUUGGUCACAGAAUGCUGGCCUGCAGUCCUUGCAACCUGCUCAACAUUUCUCAAUGCUACGCUUGAUGCGGACUACUACCGAGCUCUGGUUCGAGCCAUACAGAAAUUCACUCAGGUUGCAGGGCUGCUUAGACUCUCAACGCCGCGAGAUGCAUUUCUCACCACCAUGGGCAAGGCAGCAGUCCCAUCGAACUUGCUACUAGCCAACGCUUCGUCACCUGUAGGCGACAAGCCUGGUAUCUUCUCCAACGCAAGAGGCAUGCUCAGUGUAGACAGCUUCGUAAGUCAAGCUUCCUCAAUGUCCACUGACAAAAACCGGGGUUCUUCACACGACGUGUCAGCACCCGCACUAGGACCACGCAAUUUGCUAUGCCUGCGAGCUCUGCUGAAUCUGGCAAUCGCACUGGGACCAACGCUACAAUCAGCCUGGUCCAUAGUAUUUGAGACGCUACAAGUAGCUGAUCUAGUAAUGUCGUUGUCGAGCCAGACUAGUAGUCGUACAUCUGGAUCUGGAAGCCGUAUGGAUACGGAAGCCAUUACGGAGAAAAUGGAAGCCGAGACCUCAGCUGUGCAGAGCGCCGCGCGCAGACUCUUUGAAAGUACUGUUGACUUUCCUAACGAUUCCUUUUCUGAGGUGUUGCAAGCCCUCUGCUCACUUCUAAAUGGUGUUUCGCCUUCAGAGAGCGGACAAAGAACGCCAACUACCUCUGGCCGUCCCCAGAUUCUCCAUCAACGUCGGCUUGGUAGCGUAUCAGGAAUCUCUCUCAACACAGAUGCAAACUCUCGCGAUUCGGCAUUUGCUCUGAACAAAAUCGGAGAACUGGCGUCGUUGAACGAAAGUAGAUUAUCGCAAUAUGAUCCCGCUGAAAGUGGAUGGGAUAUCCUGAUUCGAGAGAUUGUACGUUACUCUACCGACAGUCGUAAAGCGACAUCUACGAGGCUGCUGGCAGCCGACAUCCUGGCAAGGACAGUCAGGGAGAUCGCUGAGCUUUCCAUGUCCGAUGAGCAGCGCGAAGAGAUCCAGGCCCGCAUACUUGCUGCGCUGCAAAAGCAAAUUACUGACCUCCACCACUAUGAUGGGGUCAGCAAAGACACGAUUACUGACACAGACAUACGAGUUCAUCAAAUAGCCCUCGAAGCACUCAAGGGUGUAAUUGAGCAAUGUGGAGAGUCGCUAGUUGCUGGCUGGACCUCUGUCAUCGAAAGCUUGAUGAGCGUCUUCACUCAGAAAGCACCAUCCAUACAGGGAGUCACGAGAGACGCAGAUGCCUCGGACCUCAGCAAAGACACCGAUACCACUGUAGACGUUAUCUCAAGGUCUCUUGCUCGAUCUGCAUUUGCAACAGCCAACCUCGUCUGCUCGGAUUUCAUGACGGCUGUUCCGGAUGCUUGCCUCUCGACGCUUCUGGAACUCUUACGCAGAUUCUGCUCCCAGCGAGAGGAUUUGAACAUGUCACUCACUGCGAUUACCUUCUUUUGGAACGUGUCCGACUACCUGCAGUCGCGGACCGACCUCUCGUUACUGGCGGAAGUUGUUAUUCAGACCAGUGACAAGGAGCAGGUUAAACAAGCCGUACAAACGCGCUCAAAGGAGGGGAAGACUGCAGCUUUGUGGCUUCAAGUUUUGCUAAAUCUAUCAUCCAUCACAACAGAUGAACGCAUCGAGGUGCGACACUCUUCGAUCCAAACGAUACAAAGGAUCUUUGAGAACUGUUCGGACCAGAUUUCUCCAGAAGUGUGGUUACUAUGUCUUCGCACUAUCUUGUUCGGGAUGGUAGAGACCAACUUGAACAUCCAAAACGACAUUCGGCAACAACGACCACGCAAGGACGAUCUGAACGAAUGGGAUGAGACUACAAAAGCCGUUCUUCAAACCGUGACUGUUCUCAAUACGACUUACAUGGAAAAGCUGGAUACGUCUCAGCUCGGUAAUGCGUGGUCAGACCUACUCGAACUCCUAAAGCGCUACUUCGAUUACCGCUCGCAUGCCUUAGGGGCUUCGGUAUUUGGUGCAAUGACAGGGGUACUAUCUCAGGCCGAAAAUGUCGAUGUAUUGGGCACAGAUUCUCUUCUUAAAACUGCGGCGGUAUGGAGAAGCUACUUCGACUCUCCAGAUGCUCGGCAAGACGCAUACGAAGAGGACAACCAAGACGCCUUUGUAGCCUACGCAAAGGCUUUCAAAGCGAUCUACCGCCUGGCAGAUCGACCCCUUGCCACAGAUUUGCCUUCUAUGCUCGCGAAUCUCGAAGCCUGCGUUGUCAACUCAGACGAAGUCGCUUACUCUUCGGAUCUGGACACUAUGACGACGCUUCAAAGUCAGGUCAUGGAAUGUUUAACAAUGGUCAGGACAGAAGACACUGACAUUCCACCGUAUCUAUUGCGUUUGUUGGGUCGGUUCAUUACGCUACCAUACACCUCUUUGGCCGAAUACCCGGAAAAGCGCGGGCCCACCUUUGUCGCGCUUUCAAAAGCCUCAAUGACGUUGCUCCAAAAUAUUGCUGUCAAACAUGUUGACCUGAAAGAGAUAUAUACAAGCAAUGCAUUGUCAUCCGCUCUUGCCAGCCUAGCACGACCGAUCGAAGAGAAGUACGUGUGGCAGCGGGAGGGCAGAGCACCGACUUUAUGGCAAAAGGCUACUACGACGUCUACAGCUAUACUUGAGUCAGUAUUGCCACACCUUAACGCCAACAAGGAAAUUUGGACCACACUCGUCGACAUCGCGUACUGCAUCACGCGGGCGCAGUCAUUGCCUGGUACCCGGGUUUCUCUUGAAAAAGAUGAGCAGUUUGACAUACAAUCUUUCACUCACCUUCGCGACCUCAUCACCCUACCACUAGGCUCCGCUUCGCUCUCAGAUAAUCUCCGUCGUACCUAUACUCGCAACCUCUUCUCCACAUCUUUAAUUCACAGCCCUCUACCUGGAGAACUACCUGAAAUCACCACCUCACCCCUUGAGGAGCUUUACAAAAUACGUCUUGGACAGACUGCGGAGCUGGACUAUACAUGGCGGCCAGAUAUGAGCUAUGCCUGUCUCUCUGAGCUCUUCGACCUUGUCGUCGUGAAUGAUAGCAGUCCUGAACGCAUCAAGCUGGCCCAAGCAGCGGCUCCAUAUCUCAUUCUCAGAUGUGCACUUCCGCUCAAGACAUAUAUUGCAGACCAGCCGCUUCGCGGUCGUAUGCCCGCGCCGGAGUCGCAGAGGCGCGAGCUGCUCUUUGUACUGGAGCAACUAGAACGAUUGGAGAGCGAGCCACAAGCAAUACCUGAUACUCCGGGAGUAAGAUCAAAACACCGCAGGCACCUGCACAGGCUGUACCCAUUGCUUCUCAAAGCGGCGAGGGUAGCCAGGCAAGAUGCUGAGGUGUUUGAGCACCUGGCGAAGCUGACUGAUCUAGUUGGUGAUGAGUUUGGGUUAGAUGAUGAUUGA